GUUUGGGUGCGGUUCUUCCACUCCAACAGAUUCAUCCAUUACCAACCUAAAUUAAAACACCGAACAUGAUUCCGCAACCAUGAAGUGACCAAGAAUAACUACUAGACUUCAAUGUCUUGUCAUCUGCGCUGUUUGACUAGGGGAGAUCGACGACAUGGUACCUGUUUCUUGGCAACGAACUCUCACUAAACAAAUUUCCUUUUUCGUGUCCGAGUGCUUCGCAUCACCGUCGUUCACACUCACUCAUCAACCAUAAUUACACUCACUCAAUUUACAUAGGUACCCUCUUUCUUUAAAAUGGCCAGCCUUCUCGCAUACCCCUGGGCCUUCAUCCAGCGCCAACUCCGGUCCAUCCCCGUGCCCACCACCUCCUACGUUGGCCGCACCGUCAUCGUGACCGGUGCCAACGGCGGCCUAGGUCUUGAAGCAGCCCGCCAUUUCGCCCGUCUGGGCGCCGCCCGCCUGAUUCUCGCCUGCCGGAGCACCGAGCGCGGCGAAGCGGCCAAGGCCGACAUCGAGCAGUCCGUCACCACCUCCACCGCCGUCGAGGUAUGGCCGCUCGACCUGUGCUCAUUUGAGAGCGUACAGGCUUUUUGUCGCCGUGCCAAUGCAGAGCUGGAUAGGCUGGAUGUGCUGCUCGCCAAUGCCGCUAUACUCACCCUCAACUGCAGGAUGGCCGAGGGGUAUGAGAUGCAGGUGACCACGAACGUGAUCUCGAAUUUCCUGAUGGUGUUGAUGUUGCUGCCGUUGAUGAAAAAGACGGCGGCAAGAUGGAAUGUCGAGGGGGCGGUGACGGUUGUGGCGAGCGAGGCACAUAUGUUUACGAGCUUUGUCGAGCAAGACGAGCCAAACAUAUUUGAGUCCUUCCGUCCGGGCGGCGCCAUGCACGACCGCUACGGCACCACCAAGCUGAUCGACAUCCUGGUCGUGCAGGAGCUCGCCGCCCGGCUUGAUGCCGCCAGUGCCGGCGCGAGCCCUAUCGUGGUGAACUCGGCAAACCCCGGGCUGUGCAAAUCCGACCUCUUUCGAGACUUAUUCUCUAUUGGCCAGUGGUUUUUGAACCUGAGUGUACUUUUACUCGGCCGCACCAGCGAGCAGGGCUCGAGGACCUUGACGGAAGCCAUCGCUGGGGGGAGGGAAAGCCAUGGCAAAUAUGUCGACGGUGGCAAGGUGGACUACCCCAGUCGUUUUGUCGUGUCCGAGAAGGGCAAGAUGGUGCAGAAGAAGCUCUGGGAUGAGUUGAUGGAGAUACUGGAGCGUAUUGAGCCGGGUAUCACCGCCAACGUCAACCAGGUACCUUCCUAAGGAACUGUGAGUGAGUGCCCAGACGCAACCAGAGGCCUGGUGCCCUUGGAAUCACGGCAAGCGUGUAUACUGUUUAGAUUAUCGUACAUACAUAUGUUUUUCUCCCGGUGGGUAUCCCCUCGGUUCAUACCAUAAGCACUUAAUCUGAUAUUCUCCAGAUCUCUCCUUGUUUCCCU